AUGAGGAUGUGUGACAGAGGUAUCCAGAUGUUGAUCACCACUGUGGGAGCCUUUGCAGCUUUUAGUUUAAUGACCAUUGCAGUGGGCACGGACUACUGGUUAUAUUCCAGAGGUGUGUGCAGGACUAAAUCUACAAGUGAUAAUGAAACCAGCAGGAAGAAUGAAGAAGUAAUGACCCAUUCCGGGCUGUGGAGGACCUGCUGCCUAGAAGGGGCUUUCCGAGGAGUAUGCAAGAAAAUCGAUCACUUCCCCGAAGAUGCUGACUAUGAACAGGACACAGCUGAGUAUCUCCUGCGGGCUGUGAGGGCCUCCAGUGUCUUCCCCAUCCUCAGCGUCACGCUGCUCUUCUUCGGCGGGCUCUGCGUGGCAGCCAGCGAGUUCCACCGCAGCAGACACAACGUCAUCCUCAGCGCGGGCAUCUUUUUUGUCUCUGCAGGGUUAAGCAACAUCAUCGGCAUCAUAGUUUAUAUAUCAGCCAAUGCUGGAGACCCUGGGCAACGUGAUUCUAAAAAAAGCUACUCCUAUGGCUGGUCCUUUUAUUUCGGAGCCUUCUCUUUCAUCAUCGCGGAAAUUGUGGGAGUCGUCGCCGUGCACAUCUAUAUAGAAAAGCAUCAGCAGUUACGUGCCAAAUCCCACUCGGAGCUCCUGAAGAAAUCCACUUUUGCUCGCCUUCCACCCUACAGGUAUAGAUUCCGGAGGCGGUCAAGUUCUCGCUCCACGGAGCCCAGAUCCCGAGACCUGUCCCCCAUCAGCAAAGGCUUCCACACCAUCCCUUCCACUGACAUCUCAAUGUUCACCCUCUCCCGGGACCCCUCAAAGAUCACCAUGGGGACCCUUCUUAACUCCGACCGGGACCACGCUUUUCUACAGUUCCACAAUUCCACACCCAAAGAGUUCAAAGAGUCGCUGCAUAAUAACCCGGCCAACAGGCGCACCACGCCGGUCUGA